CUUUCCGUGUAGCUAUGAGGAGAAUCUAGAGAGUCGUGGCAAGUCCAUCGUUCAAUUGCGCGAAGCCGCAAUCAAACGCGUGAUCAUCCGAAACGGCUCGAAGCUCUCCCGUUUUAACAUCGUCUACACGAAGGACCGCUUCUACUGGCCGCAAGAAACCAUUCGGCAUUGCCGUACGGGUCGAAUCAAACGGGGGCAAGUUUUAAAACGGCAAUUCGGCAUUUACUACCCCGAAAAAUCGCGCGAUCUGAUCGCCCUGAAGAUCAUGGAGAAGACGGCGAUCAGCGAAAGCUUCCAAUGGGACGAAGACGACGUUCAGACCGAGCUGGGCGUGAUGAAAUCGCUGAGCGAGAGCGGGCGGCACGAGAACGUUCUCUUCCUCCUGGACGCCGUGGAGACGAAGGAGUACUUGAUCGCGGUGAUGGAGCUGGUGGACGGCGAUCUGCACGACAUGCUUGGCUCGGUGCGCGGAGACCACAAGAUCGUGGACGUGUUCCGCCAGAUCGUGCAGGGCUGCGCGUACAUCAAGCAGCAGGGCUACUACCACUGCGAUCUCUCGCUCGAGAACGUCCUCAUCAAGCUCGUCCCCAACUACCACAACACCGGAAACACGCGGCUCAUCGCCAAGCUCUCCGACUUCGGCCGCGUCCGCAAGCGCGACGACGACGGGUCCUGCCGCAUCCGCGACGACGAGGUCGCGGGGAAGCCGUACUAUCUCGCGCCCGAGGCGUACAACGGGUCGUACGAGGCGGGGCCGGCCGACGUGUGGUCGCUGGGCAUCAUCCUGUUUAUCUUGAUCACGGGGAGUCCGCCGUUCGGGAUCGCGAACGACAGCGACGAGGUGUUCGAGCCCUUCGCGGAAAUGGGGUUCGGGUAUUUGGAGCCGGUGCUGCGCAGCUGCGAGGCUUCUGAGGAGGAGAUCGGUGGGCGAGGGGAUGGGCGGUCAUGCGUAGCACUGCUGCGGAGAAUGUUGGAGGUGCGGCCGGAGAAGAGACCCACGGUGGAGGAGAUUUUGGAGCUGGAGUGGCUGAGUGCGUGA